AUGGCGCCUGCUCCGCCCCCACCGAUUCCCUCGUCAUCCGCAGCACUUUCCGACGCACUCACAACAGCGACAGAAACAUGGCAAAAUGAACUCAAAAUUCUAUUCGAACAGGCAAAGUCUCGCUAUGCAGAUGUCGUCUGGGACAUGCUCGAUGACAACGACGACCGCUCCGAUGAAAUAUGGGGUCAUAAAGGCGAGAUAUUUCACUCCUCGCACCACCUCAGACUCACCCGGCCCUUAUUCAACCCAAAAUUUAUUCCCGGCCCAGUCAUCUUUAUCACUUUCGCUUCCACCACUCGAAUCUCGCCCCCGAUCUCGCUCUCCGUCCCCCUUUGGCGCCCCCCAACGAACCCAAUCACCAGUACCCUCGACCGGCAAUGGCACCCUUCUCCGUAUACCACUAUCUAUAAAUCCGGUCUGUUCAGCAACGAACUCGAGUAUCUCUAUACCGGCCGGGGAAUGGGGGUUGCGUUUGAGUUUUUGUUUGACACGUCGGCUGAAAACGGUCAAGCAAAGAGCUCAGAGUCAUCAGUAGAAAUGGAAAGACGCGAGAAACUGCGCAAAGAUCUGGUUUACAUGUGGAGAUCUCGGUUAUAUAGCGAUGUCCGGAUAACACUCACCGGAAGCUUCUCAUCAAGUAACACUGAGGUUGCCACAGCUGUCUUCUCUAGUCACCGAUUUAUCCUUGUGUCGCGUGUGCCUUACUUCCGCACUUUGCUUUCCACAUCGUUCGCUCCUGUCGGCCAGAAUAUAUGUUCUGCCAACCCUCUUCCACUCAGUCUUCCCGCUCCUCCCUUCACACCGGCGUCACUCCACUUCACACUCGGAUUUGUCUAUACCGGUACCAUGGCCUUCUCCCACCGCAAUUGGGACCUCGAUACCGCCUUCAAUGUCAUUCGAUCCGCAAAGUACUUGGGGCUCGAUUCACUCGACAACGAGGCGCGAGCACGGAUCAUCUCAGAAAUGAUGCAUGGUCUAUUUCACGCCUACCUUCCAUUCGAGGAGUAUGAUCGUGUAAUCGAGGGCAAGUGGGGUACCGGGGGUUGCAAAUGCAAGCAAUGUCAACGACGCGCACCCCGUGUGCUAGAGUUUGCGCUGGGAGAUGAUGUGCGGGAUAAUUUCUUGGCCCUGCCGCUGAGGUUGAAGAACAUAUUACUCAAAGGCGUCAAGCAGCGAACGGUGCCUCAGAACAUCAUUCCUCUUUUGGCAGCAACUCAAGCCGGUCUCAAGAAGAAAAUCGACGAAGUCUUGUGUAACAAUCUCGACGAAUUCUUUGAGCAACACGAGUGGGUUGGCUUGCUAGAGAGCGAUGCUGCUGGGUUCGGCGAUAUGGAGAAGUUUGAUUUGACCCUCGAGUCGAUUAGACGUGGCUGGGCUGACAAGAAUGCUGGACACAUUUAUCAGACAUUGGUCUCGUCGGUCUGCUGCGCUCAGGCCCCACCCCCGGAACAACGCUUCUUUCUAACAACUCCCGCUACGAGCCAAGGUCGAACAAUUGCGAAUGGAUACUAUUGGAUGGAUGAGGAAGCACUGGACCUCGGCCUUGAGGGAUGGGCACUGAAGGAAAUCAGUGAUGAACUCGACGUACUUAUCGAGGACAUUGCUUCAUCUAGUGGACCUCGGGGUUCUACGACGCGGACAGCUGCUCGUACGUCCCUCGCUGUCCCCAGGCCAGAUGCAGACGCCGAAUCGAUAAGUAUACAUUCACUUCACACCAAUGUGACCAACCGGAAUCCCACUACGAGCGGCACUCAGCCACGACGCGACCCAGUGGCCUCUUCCUCUCGUUCAGUUCGCUCAAUCAAUUCCCGUCCCUCUCUCCCCCCGGUGUCGCCUGGGCCACCCACUCGUGCAGUUCAUCCAAAUACCAAUCCCACACGCCUUAGGCCUGUGACGGCGUCUACCAACCGGACAUCAUACGUAUCUGGGACCGACGUUACGGCGAUUACUGGCACAGCCAAUCCUCCGAACCUUCCUGUUCCCAACCCUAGGAACUCGACUGCGUCGACCGGACGUAAGAGUCUAGCUUCAACCACGUCACCCAAUCCACCUGCUGGUCGACCUAAAUCGCUUGCUCCAUCGAUCAAUUCAAUUCGCUCAACAGCAUCCACCGUUCGUCACAGCCAAAGAAGCAAGGAUUCCCCGAUCGAUGAAAAGCUUCCGUCUCCUGCUCGGGAGCCUGCUCGCCCGGUAUCGGGAGUCAGCAAUACCUCAUUCAAGACCGCGAACGCGGGCUUGUCCCCUUCUCGCGCGAGGAAGAUAUCUACAGCCUCAAAUGCAUCAGGGUUAAGUGUUAAACCCGCUAGUCGGCGCGGGUCGAGUUCGUCUGCCACCGGGCCCGCUGCUCCCCCUACACCACGCACAGCAGCUGCUCAACAAUUGGCUGGGAAUGGUGGUCUCUCGCGCUCAGGAACCAAUGCCUCCACACGUUCGACUAAUCCUCGUCGUACAUCCGCAACUCCCUCGGUCAAACCUCAAGUUACGCCGCCCAGGAAACAGCCUGCGCCUAGGGGGACCCAGGGCACCACUCCCAAGAAGACUCCAGAGCCUUCGAAGCGUAUUAGCGAUGUCACGCCGACCAAGGCGGCGUCAAAGGGUAAAGGCAAGGCGACGGGUCCUCCAGACGACGAGUCUGUGACAUCCGAGCCACGCUCAAUUAGGAGCAAUGCCUCAACCUUGCGAGUCGAGAAUACACAGCCGUUCGUAAUUCCAAAAGGCCACCAUUCACGCAAGUCGACGGACACAGUUACUGCUUCGACAGUAUCCACAGUCAAACCCCCUGUUCCACCUGUUCCUAAGCUCAACCAACUCAACCAACUCAACCAAUCGAGUAAUAUGCCUGCCAUCCAUGGGGUUACUCUGUGCGUUGGUAUUCCUUGCCUUAUUACGUCCAGGCGGGCCAAGUAUAAAGCGUUUGCGCGAUAUAUUGGUCAAAUUCAUGGGGAACAAGGGCCGUGGGUCGGGGUAGAAGUGCCUAUUUCCGAGAGUUGGGGAAGUGACAAACUCGACGGGCGACAAUGGAACGACGGGAGUGUCGGAGGGAUUCGAUAUUUCGAGCUGAGCAACGGGUCCACGCCAUGGGAUGACAGCGACGAACGUGCGAUGCGUAGGCGCAGAAUUGAGUCCGUGUUGAUGCAGGCAGGGUCAGGUAGGGCGCGCGACGGCGAUACCAUGAGUAUCAACCACGACCGCCUGAGGAUGCGUAGUGUGUCUCCAGCCAUGUCCGAUAUGUCCAACACAAACGAGAGCCGUGGAUUGUUUGUUCGCCCGUCGGACGUGAUCUACGUAUUUGACGCUGUGGACGAUCGGUAA